AUGACGCUCGAAACUGGCACAUCUCCGACUACGGCAACCAAUUUGGCUCAAACGGCUAGUGCACUACAACCACCUCGACAACCCACCUUAACGGCAACGUCCUCCUCAUUACCAUCGUUAUCACUACCAUCCUCAACUAGUCGAGCUUUACUUGAAGCUCAUAAACAACGAAGAAGGGGGGCUCUUUCAUGUGCAGAAUGUAGAAGACUCAAACUACGCUGCGAUCGACAAUUCCCUUGUCAAAGCUGUAGAAAGCGGGGAUGUGCGGCCAUCUGUCCUGAUGGAGCGUUAACCACCGGGAAAGGCAAUCGUUUCAUUCUGGCCAACACCGAAGAACUUCACGAUAGAAUAGAUGACCUUCAAGAACGAAUUUCCUCACUCGAACAAGGGCUUUCCGCCCUGUACAAUUCAGUACGGACACCAAACGAUCCGUACCCUCAUCCGUUGUUGACGGAUGAGUUGUUAAACAUCAAGACGCCUAUUGGGGCUGAGAUUGUCGGGACUGCGAAUCCAAGGCUGAGGAGUCGGAAUGGUCAUCAUGGUGUGAAGGGAGAGGAGGGAGAGAGCGAUGGAGAGCAUGCUGGAGAGUUGACGGAGAGUUUUGGAACGCUUGCGAUGGGAGAAGGGAAGUCGACUUUCUUCGGGAAUGCCGCUGGUGCUCAGUUCUUGCUUGGCGAGUUCCAAGAUCCCGACGACGAAGAGAAGAAACCUUCCCCUUCAGCUUUGCUUGCAACAGCGCUCAAACUCGAUCCAGAUUCAACUUCUGCAGCCUCACUUUCCUUAGCCCUCUCUUCUGCAUCCAAUCACCCUCUUUCUGCCGCCGCUGGUAUUAGCGAUGGCAGUGCAAGUGCCGGUAAAGGUAUACUUGCUGAACCCUUGGAUACACUUUCCAAGACAUUCCCCUUUGUUGUGCACGGGCACGAGUGGCCUACUGUCAGGGAAAAGUUGAAAGAAUAUUUGCCCGAUCCCCAUCAUGCAUGGGCGUUGAGUGAACAAUUCUUCGAACUUGGGGCUUGGUUAUACUGUCCAGUCUCACGCUAUCAUUACAUGGAAAAGAUCUUCACACCCAUUAUGGACCCGUCCUACGAUGACCCCACAAACCCCACGAAACCCCAGCCUACCCCCGCCGAUUAUUCCCUCCUGUUCAUCGUCCUAGCACUAGGUUCAAUCUUAGACAUCUCACGACAACCCCAGGCGCCCGAAACCCUCCUCACAGCCGAACUCUACCAUACGCUCUCUCGAGCCGCUUUGGGUUCCGUCGAACCGUUACCUGACACCCUCACAGGCGUUCAAACGUUGUUGUUGAUGUGUUACUAUAAUCAGUUCAGUUAUUCGAAGAAGGCACCCAUGAGGGUUUGGAUGCUUUGUGGUAUUGCGUGCAAGAUGGCGAUGGCGAUGGGGUUACAUAGGGAUGGGAAGAGGUGGAAUUUGGGUGAGGAGGAGUGUCAGAUUAGGAGAACUGUUUAUUGGGAGCUCAUGAUGUUUGACACGUGGGCAUCUCAGGCAUUGGGGAGACCACCGACGAUGUGGUCUGUCCACUGUGAUGUUCAGAUGCCGGAUGACAUUACCGAGUUCAAUGAUAUACAAGGGAGACCUGAACCAUCCUUCCGUGCUCAGAAAUAUCGUGCUGCAAGCAUGAUGGUCGAGAUUCUCAACGAGGCUUUCGCGGCGAAACGACCACCUUACGAGCGCGUCCGUGACCUCGUGGUUCCACCAUCCCUGACAAUAGCAGGUUUCAACGCCAAGCCAGACGGUCCACCCCCACCCGUUCCCACCUCCCGCGCACACAUUAUGCAGUCUCACGCAGUCUACUGUAUCAAAGAAGUCUGUCUCAUCUACCUCCAUCGGGGGUACCUUGCCCGGGCUCUUGCAGAACACCCAGAGGAUCCAUUCAAAAGUCGAUAUCAUGCGAGCGUUGUUGCAGUCCAUUCGAGUAGUUGUGCGGUGUUGGCAGGGGUGAGGAACGCGUAUGCGUUGUUGCCAGAGUUGAUGCCUAGAGUGUUUUUCCUCUGGGUGCAUGCAUUUUCGGCGGCGAUUGUGUUGGCGACGAUUGUGAUUAGGGCUCCCUCGUCCUCGUUGGUACAGUCAUCGCUCAAGGAGCUAGACAUUGCUUGUGAGCUGUUUGAAAGGGCAAAGGAUGGGUGUAGACCUGGUCGGGCGUUGCCCCCUCUUUUGAAGCUUCGUGAUAGAGCACGAAGAGCAUAUGAAGAUUUCCAACACGGACGUCGACUUUCUCCAAUGGUAGAUGCUGCAGACUCGGAGGAUGUGUACGAGAAUGAUGACAUCACUAUGUUGGGGGCCAAGAGCCGUCUUGUUCGACUCAAGACAAAGUCGACGGGUGCUGGUAGUGGGACGUCUGGAAGCAAUGCUUCUGCCACCUCACAGCACGACGAAACAGCCUCGCUUGCAUCGGGAGAUAGUCCUCGCCCUACCGCGAACGAUUAUCACCCUGCAUUGGCGGAGUACUUGAAGGAGUAUAACGCGCAACUUGAUAGAAUGGCCGCAAGGCAAGAUAGUGGUUCACCUCCUUCGUGCCAUUUGGAAAGUCUUGGGUCCGCACCUGGCGGAGGUUCUUCAAGUCCUGGCUCAGGUUCUGUCGUCGCUGGACAGGGUGCGGCUUCGUUCGAUAGUUAUGGGUUUCAGUACAUUCCGGAUCCACCAUCACAAGCGGGUGUGAUGAUGUCUUCUAAUUCGUCGUCUUCAUCACCAGAGUAUGAACAACCACUCGGAUCCUAUCAACAGCAGCCUUCCUCAUCCUCUCAACAUCCUCCUCGAUCUCAGUCUCAGCCGCCCCACCAACAGCAAAUUCCAUUCCAUCAGCAUCACCGUCAACUCUCCCACGAUCUUCAUCCUUCAAUUAAACAACCUCCAAUUAGUCCCGACACGGCUGACUCUCCCGUCUCGUUCUCCCCUCAAUACGCCCUCGGUCCAUCCGCACGCUCUCCGGUACCAUUUUUCGCUCAAUUCAGUCCACAGACACCUUUCUCUGCUUUUGAACCAUCACUUGCUAUUCCAAGACGAGAUGGGGUAGCAGCGACGAAUGGUUCGAAUGGUUCGAAUGUGGCUCAGGGACCUGGUGGGAGUUUAGGCGGAGGAUACCCACAUGGUCAUAUUGGUGGAAUGGCGGUACCUUCCCAGUUUACGGGCCUUGAUGCUUCGCUCGGUCAAGCUCCUGAAGCGAUGGAUCUAGGAUGGCAGUUCAUGUCGGACUUGAGGACCUACCUUUAA